GCGCGCCGCGGUGCUGCGCUCGGGCUUCCGAGCGGCGCUGGGCGAGCCCGAGUCCCUCCGCGCCCCGCGAUCGGGGGGCUCUGCACGGGGUCACUGCGCCAGCCGAGCCGCGCACCCUCCGCGCCUCCCGCCAGCCACGGACAUGGACAUGAAGAAAAGGAUCCACUUAGAGCUGCGGAACAGGACGCCCUCAGAUGUGAAAGAGCUCGUUCUGGACAACUGCAGGUCGUACGAAGGGAAAAUCGAGGGCCUCACGGAUGAGUUUGAGGAGCUGGAAUUCCUCAGCACAAUCAACGUCGGCUUAACCUCAGUUGCAAACUUACCAAAGUUAAACAAACUUAAGAAGCUCGAGCUGAGCGACAACAGAAUCUCAGGAGGCCUGGAAGUGUUGGCAGAGAAGUGUCCGAACCUCACGCACCUAAACCUAAGCGGCAACAAAAUUAAAGAUCUCGGGACAAUAGAACCUCUGAAAAAGUUGGAAAACCUGAAGAGCUUAGACCUGUUCAACUGUGAGGUGACCAACUUGAACGACUACAGAGAAAACGUGUUCAAGCUGCUGCCGCAGCUGACGUACCUGGACGGCUACGACAGGGACGACAAGGAAGCGCCGGAUUCCGACGCCGAGGGAUACGUGGAGGGGCUGGACGACGAGGAGGAGGAUGAGGACGUUUUAUCCCUAGUGAAAGACCGGGACGACAAGGAAGCGCCGGAUUCCGACGCCGAGGGAUACGUGGAGGGGCUGGACGAUGAGGAGGAGGAUGAGGACGAGGAGGAAUACGAUGAUGACGCUCAGGUAGUGGAGGAUGAGGAGGAUGAGGAGGAGGAGGAGGAAGGGGAGGAGGAGGAUGUGAGCGGAGAGGAGGAGGAGGAUGAGGAAGGCUACAAUGACGGCGAGGUGGAUGACGAGGAGGACGAGGAGGAGCCUGAGGAAGAGCGGGGUCAGAAGAGGAAACGAGAGCCUGAGGAUGAGGGGGAUGAGGAUGACUGAGCAGCUUUUCCCUGGAAAAAAUUCCCUCUUGUGAUUUGACUGUUUUUAUCCCGGAAUUCCCCCUUUUCCCACUCCCGACCCUUUGGAUUUCCUUUUCUUUUCCUGGUUUUUUUUUUUUUUUGGUUUUUUUUUUCCGGAUUGUAACGUUGCUGUGGGAACCGAGCGGGAGCAGCGAGGGUGGGAAGGGAAUAAAAUCCUAUUUUUACUGCC